CGGAGGGCCCGGCCCGGCCCUGCCCGCCCCUAUUUAAGGCGGUGGCGGGCACGGGCAGGCUCGGUGCGAUGGCGGCUCCGCGCCGGCCGAGCGGCGGGGGGCUGCGCAGGGCCCCGCAGGACGGGCGGCUGGAGGAGAUCAACAAGGAGUUUCUCUGUGACCCAAAGUUCAGUAAUGAAAAAGACCUGGAGGAGAAGUUGGCAGUGUUCAAAGAGAAAUACAUGGAGUUUGACCUGAACAACCAAGGUGAAAUUGAUUUGAUGUCUGUCAAAAGGAUGAUGGAGAAGCUGGGGGCUCCGAAGACCCACCUAGAGCUGAAGAGGAUGAUCUCUGAGGUGACAGGAGGGGUCAGCGACACCAUCUCCUACCAGGACUUUGUCAACGUGAUGCUUGGGAAACGCUCUGCUGUGCUGAAACUGGUCAUGAUGUUUGAAGGAAAAGCCAAUGAAAGCAACCCAAAACCUUCUGGUCCACCUCCAGAGAGAGACAUAGCCAGCCUCCCUUGAAGAGGACAGGCUGCAAAAUGGGCACUGUUUGCUUUGCUGGUCUGUAACAGAGGUUACCUGUGCUUUGUUACUCUUUACUGUGGACAGUCCUAGUUUUCAACUAACCUGCCUUAGAGGAACAGCAAGGGAAGCUGGAGACCCCCAGCUCGUGUCUUUCUGCUGCAUCCCUUAGCCAACUUGAUCUGUUAGACAGAAGCUGUAGCACCAAGUGUAAUGUGAGACCAAAAAGAACAAAAAAUAUCCUGUGA